CAUUUUGACAGCUGUUCGCGAGCGCCAUGUUUGACUUCGACGAGCUCGAGGAGAAGUAUGAGGCGAAGCGCGCGCCCAAAGAGCCGAAGAAGGCCACGGUUCCGAAGCCGAAGGCGGCGCAGGCGGCGCAGGCGGCGCAGGCGGCCGAGACGAAGCCCAAGGCCGCGCCGAGGAGCAACGGGUCGCCAGCGCCGAUGAAUCGCAAGAUCCGGGUGCUUGCGCUUCAUGGUGGCGGGUCCAACGCCAACAUCAUGCAGUUCCAGGUCAUGCCGCUGAGACGUAUCCUGGGCGACCAGGCAGAGUGGGUUUUCCUGAACGGCGGCAGAACCUGGAAGUUCGAUGAAGGUCAACAGCCUCCAGAGAUCAUGAAGACCCUGGCAGCUGGCAUGCCAUUCUAUGGCUGGUACGCGGUGGAAACGAAGGACAAAACGGACCGGCCCUACCAGGAGAAGUUGUUCGACCCCGAAGUUGACUUCACCUAUACCGAGGUGGAGGCUGGCGUGGACCGCGUUCUUGCCUACAUCAAGGAUGAAGGGCCUGUGGAUGUCUUGGUCGGAUUUUCCCAGGGCUGCAUUGUGAGCCAUCUCAUGGCUGCAGUUCUCCGCGAGCGAGGCGAGGCAAUUCCCUGGCGACUGAGCAUCUUCUUCAACGGCAUGAGAGUCCGGGACAGGAGAUAUGAGAGGCUUUUUCAGACGGCUCUGGAACUGCCCAGCAUCAUGGUCUUUGGGCGUCAGAUUCAACGCAUCCAGGACGAGUUCUACAACUACGGCAAAGCCUCUCAAAUGGCGUUGUACCAGGAGCCUCUUGUCCUUGAACAUGACGAGGGACACAAGUUUCCCUCAGCAGGGCCGAGGGCAAAGGAGAUCUAUGAGGAGGUGGCGAAGCAGGUCUACUUCCACUGCGGAGUUGCACCGCGAAACAAAAUAUGAGAAAAGUUGCUCGCUCCAUUGGGUGGUGAUUGGCAGACACGGUGCUUGCCACGAGCUGCGGUUGUUCUUGACGUGAGACCGGAGCAAUUUGAAGUUGUCACAGGGCGGAACUUAAUCCCGUUAGAGACCAGCUCUGAACGCAGAUGGUUGGCUCUCCCACGCCGUGUUCCUAACCACGGGC